UGUGUCUCAGUCAGCUCCCAUGUCCGGAGCCUUUCUGCAGCCACAGUAUAUACUGCUAGGCAUUUUUGAAGACUACAGGUCUCCCAUAUGGACCCAUGAAUGGUUUACCAGAAUUCAAACUAUAAUAUUUGUUUUUGUGGAACAUGUAACAUUCAAACAAUACCAUACAUAUAUUUGGAGAGAAAGUGAGAAAAUCUACUGAGUCUCUAAGAUACUUCUGCAAUCCUAGCCAAGAUAUAUCAAAAGAAAAAUAUACAAGAGGUGAAAAGAGAUUUCAGCGAUGGCGAGCUCAGUGAAUAAAGAAGGAAGUGGCACUGCAGAGGUAGAGAGGAAAGAAAUCAUCAAGCAAAUGAAAGUGCGCACUACACUAAAGAAAGACAUGAGUUGGAUUAAUCAGCAAAGCACGGAAGAAAAGAACGAGGGACAUGCCAAUCCACUGUCACCCCGACAGAAGUUACUAUGGCCCCCAACUCCAGAUGCCAACGAUGUCAGUGACUCACCAGUUGUACCAUCCAAAGAGACAGUUAACAGAACUUCCUCAAGUCCAAUUCAAGCAACUAACAAGACAUCUAGUUCCAGAUUAUCAACUGGAUACAUCAUAAGGGGUCAACCACUUUCUGGCACAGAAAAGACCCAGUCCUCAUUUAAUGGUUACCAGAAAAACUAUGCUGUGCAGACUAAGAGUGCCAGCCUUCCACGUGUGCCUACUACCUCUGGUUUCAAGAUGUCAACAGAAGAAUACAAGAAAAUAGCUCCAUUUAACACCAGGAAUACAUCUAUAGGGGAUCUGUCAGAUGAUGAAACAUCAGUUUCUGCUGAGGAGCAAGCAAGGAGAACUGAAGCAGCAAGUGGUGUCUUGAAGAACACAAAGGAUCGGUCAUAUGUAUUUUCUGCAGCCAAAAGAAGCAGUGUAAUUGGUGCACCAGAUAACAAUCAAUCACACUUUUUGGCUAAAAGGGUGGAGGUAAAAGAAGAACAUGCAGAACAUAAGAGCGAAACAUACUCGAAAUCCAAUUAUGGGGAUAAACAAGGAUCACCUUCACGUUCAUUCUCUCCGAGAAAUGAUGCAAAUUUAAAAAAUGCAGAGAAGUCAUAUUCAGUGGGUGCCAACGAAACAACAAUUACAGUAAUAGACAGUGCACCUGCUGCCAUUGGAAGCCCUAAACUGAGCCAGAGGGUUGUUAGCAGUACAUCGGAGAGUAGAAUUUCACCAGUAAAUCCUGACCUGGUGCACAGAGGGCGAAGCAGCGAGGACAUAAAAGAAAAACGGGAAGAAAACAAAAGCCCAGCACGUCCAAAUUCUCUGGCUGAUUAUCUGUUGGAAGACGCCAAUAGGUUUGAAAGUAGUUACAAAACAACACAAACCAGUCAGCCAACUUCUCUAACAGCAUCCAGUGGAACAAGCCCAUCCGGCAGCCCUAGACUGAUCACUACAAAUAUCAGCAGAACCCUGGAGACAAAUAUGUCAUCAGUCAAACCAGAGGCAGGAAAGAUAACAGUCAUCAAAGAAGAAAGCCCCAAGGUGAUGACUAGGAAUAUCAGCAGCACCGCUGAGACCAGUAUCUCAUCUAUAAAACCAGAGCCAGGGAAGAUUACAGCCGUCAAAGGAGAAAGGGGAACAAGCCCAGCCGGAAGCCCCAAGGUGAAUCCUAGAAAUAUUAGCAACACCAGUGAGUACAGUAUAUCAUCUAUAAAACCAGAGUCGGGGAAGAUUACAGUCAUCAAGGAAGAACGGGGAACAAGCCCAGCCAGCAGCCCCAAAGUGACUACCAGGAAUAUCAGCAGCACCACUGAGACUAGUAUCUCAUCUAUAAAACCAGAAGCAGGGAAGAUUACAGUCGUCAAAGGAGAAAGUGGCUCAAAUCCAUCGAGGAGCCCCAAAAUGACCAUUAGAAAUAUCAGCAGCACCACGGAGACAAGUAUCUCAUCUAUCAAACCAGAGCCAGGCAAGAUUACAUUGAUCAGAGAUGAAAGCUGGGUGAAUACAGAAGAUAGAAGAGAACACAACAAGAGUCCCGCACCUUCAAAAUCUCUUGCUGAUUAUCUGCUGGAGGAUGCAACCAGGUUUGAAAACAAUUACACAGUAUCUCAGUCCAGUCAACCAUCUUCCAACUCAGCAGCACGCACUGGAACAAGCCCAGCUGCCAGCCCCAGACUGACCGAAAAGAAUAUCAGCGGCACCAUUGAAACUAGUAUCUCAUCCAUCAUUCCAGUACCUGGGAAUAUUACAGUUGUCAAAGAUGAAAGUGGAACCAGCCCAGCAAGUAUACCCAGACUGACCACUACAAAUAUUAGCAGUGCCAUCGAGACAAGCAUCUCAUCCAUCAAACCAGAGCCGGGGAAGAUAACAUUUGUUAAAGAUGACAGUCCAUCCAGCAGCCCUAGACUGAGCCACAGGAAUAUCAGCAGCACCACAGAGACAAUUAUUUCAACCAGCCAACCAGAGCCAGGGAAGAUAACAUUUAUCAAAGAAGAAAGUAUAAGUAAACCUGAUGUUCUCAAACUGACAACAUAUGGCCCAAGCGUCACAGAGACAAGGGGAUCAGAUGUACAGACUGGACCUGAAAAGAUCACUGCCUUCAAAGAAAGAAGUAUCAAGGAUACUGCAGAACUUCCAAAACUGAUUUCUUGGUCUACCAAAAAUGUCAUUGACUAUACUAAACCAGAUAACCGGGCCACAUCAGGAAAAAUCACUGUCAUUACAGAUGAAAGCCCAGAUGUGAAUACUGAAUCUGAUCUUAUUAGCUGGUCUGAUCUGGAUACAAAGCAAAGUUCUGGAGGAAUUAGUGAAAAAUCUAUAAUGGAGUCAUCAUUGAUUUCAGCAUCUCCUAACAGACUUGUCUCACAGUCAGGAAGUAGAAGUUCCACCACAAUAACCAGAGAAACACGUUAUGAAAACUCAAGUGGUUCUGACAGAAGCAGCUCUCCAAGGCCUACUCCAGGUGCCAGGGAUAAUACUACUACUACAGUUACUGAAUCCAAGUACUCAGUACCCGACACAUUGUAUGACACUACAAAUGGUAACAGUUACAGCUCCCGCACCACAGUUACUACAACUCAUUCUACAGAACCUUCUUACACUGAAUAUGUAGAAGGAAAUGAUUCCAGGUCCACAAGCAAUAAAGGAGUUCUCUUCGUAAAGGAAUAUGUUAACACAAGUGGGAGUCUCAAAUCUCCAACAAACUCUGGAAGCCUACCAUAUUUUGCCGAAGACUUAGAGAAAUCCUACAGCAGCUCAAGUUACCUUUACAACAGUGCACCAAAAAGUUCUGAUGGAGGACCUUGUACUUACUGCGGCCGUGAAAUCAUAGACUGCGCAAAAAUCAUUCUAGACCACCUUAAUAUUUACUGCCAUGAGUACUGCUUUAAGUGUGGAAUUUGUAACAAGCCAAUGGGAGAUUUGAUCGAUAGCCUAUUUAUUCACCGGGAUGUGGUGCACUGUGAGAGCUGCUAUGAAAAGCUUUUUUAGAUCACCGGACUGAAGAGCAGGAAAAUGCCAAAGCCUACCUUGCCUCUCAUGGUUUUUACACAUAAAAAAGUAUUGAUAUUGUAUAUAAUUAUAAUAAUACUGUGAUGCUUAGAGGGUCUCAAAUGCACAUUGUGAGUUUGUUCUCUUUUAAACAGUUUCAAAGGCCAUAAAAAUGCCCUUAUCACCUUAUAUAAACCAACAAUUCCCACAAUGGCAUGGCUGCUGCUGUUCAAAAAGAACAGAGCGUCUACAUGGUCUACAAUUUUAUGGUAAAUUUAAAGAGCCUUUAAAGCAAUCAGAACUCAUCAUCUAUGGUGCUAAUGAAUACAAUAUCAAUGUCUUGAUAGAACAGAAUGCUUACCAUGGCCCGUAAUGAGAAAAUAUACCUUAUUUAUAAAUAUAGUAAUCUACUUUCUCACAAUAAGACUUUUUUUCUACGGAUUAAACAAAUAUGAAUCAAGGGCAGUUCUUACUUAUAUGAUAUAUACAGUAUUCCUUCUAUUAAGUUUAACCUAAUUAGACUAGAAAAAAAUAAACUGGACUAUAGAUAUAUUUUUGAACAGUGUAUUACAUUCAAUUACAUGACCUAUAUGCAACUUCCUAUUUCCCCUUUUAUCUCCAUAUUCACUUACUUGUAUAUUAUAGCACUGUGUAAAAGUAGCGCUAUAUAAAUGAAAAUAUACAUACCAACAUAUUAAAGCCUAGUCAUCCUUCAUUUAACAAGCAGUUUAGAGAUCUUUAGGGGCAGAUUCAAGUGGGAGAUUGGCGUUUCCCAUAGAAAAACUCACCACUUUCUAUUAGUUUAGGAUUUUUAAAAGUGUAUUUAUCAAAUUGUGAACUCCCCCUUAAAAAUCCUAUAGGAAUUAAAUCUUAAAAAUUGCUUACUCUGCCCCUAUGUAAGUUUAUUUAAUAUAUAAAUUAAACUGCUUAAUUUUAUAAAUAAAUGCAUGGAAACAUUACAUACAUUCAGUACCAUUAUUGAAAUUUCCAGUUAUAUCAGCUAACCUUGGUUGUAAAUAUUCAUGAAAUAUUUUAUCAUAACCUUGUUAUAAAGCAUGUGCCAGGCUGGUGAUAUAGUAUAGAAUUAUACCAUUAUUAUAAUAAAUUACAAUAUUACCAAUAUGGGAUACAGAGGGAGAUAUGUAUGAGUCUCCAAGUUUUAAUCAGAUAUUUAUUUAUACCCCUAAUUAUUUUUGUUUAAAACGUCUCACAGGAAUUCUGUAAAAAGCAUAAGAAAACAUAACUGUGAAUUUGCCAAUUAAUUACCUUGUUAUUAAAUUGGGAAGCUGGUGAACAAUAAAUAGUUUUAAUGCUUUGCAAAUUAUUAAAAAAUAAUUUUGUGAUUAACUGAUUAAUGGCCCCCAUUAAUUUUGGUUUUCUUGACACUGUAUAUACUUAUAUGAAUACGCUAUAGAAGUUAAGCUUAAGCAAUCUGUGACUCCCUACAGGUUGGUCGAACCCAAACUCAUCACAUGCCUGUUGCAACUCAAAGUUUACUAUGAGGGCAGUAACCUUUAGUGUAACUUCCCCCUAAUAGUAUAUAAUAAUUCAAGCAUAUGAAUUACUUUCAUGUUCCUCUAUUUUAAUUCAUUCUAUAUCAUGCCAACCCUUCUGUUUUAUAAGGCUAACACUGCAAAUUUUAUUUCUCAGAACAUUUGGGUUUAUUGAGCAUACAAGCAUUCUUUUACUUUCCUAUAACUCAUAUUAGAAAAGUUGAGCGUGAUUUAUAAGAAAAACAAAAAUGGAAACCAGUUGCAAAUUGCCUUAGAAUUCUGUCCUCUACUUGUUACUUAGUACGUAGAUUAGGACAUUCUGUACCCAAUGGCAAAGGGUUCUAGCUUCUGUCACCUUAAAUGUGUAUGACCAGUUUAGAUCUUUGAAAACGACAUAUCACAGUCAACCAUUUCACUUGCACACUAAGGGGGGGUUAUUUAUCAAAAUCUGAAUUUAUAGAAUAAAAAAGUCUGACCAAACUAGAGUCCAGUAUUUGAUCUUAUUUAUUCUUUAAAAAGCACAAUUUAAUCGAAUAGGGGGAUGGUUUUACCCGAAUCAUUCGAUUUUUUUUCUGUUUUUUUCCCAAAAAGUCUGAAUUUCUUGGAAUCGUCAGGUUUUUGGGCUAAUUCUAGCACAGAAACUUCCAAAUUGUAUAGGGACCUCUGCCAUUGAUUUAUAUACAACCUCGACAGGUCUGAGAUGCUGGAUUUUUGGAUUCUGACUUUUUGCAUCCUCGGGGUAUAAUAGAUCUUGAAAAAUUCAAGGUUUUUUUCCCACUAAAAAUUUGGAUUUUAUAGUAAUUUUUCAGACUUUAAUAAAUAACCCCCAAACUGUUGAGAGACUACAGUAUCUGGCACCCAUAUUAAUAGCAUGGCAGUGAAAGGUGAAGUGAAAUUCACCAGUUAAAAAAAUCACGAAAAAUGUCUAAAACGUUCUGGGCAACUUACAUCAAGACUUUUCUUCCAAAAAUAAAGAAAUGUACAAUCAGCUAACAAUAUAAUUUUGUUCAAAACAUUGACAAAAGAAGCAAAGUUGUCCAGGUCUAAUAAUAAAUAGCAACAAAUCAACAGUUACAAUUUACUAGUGUAGUUCAAAUAAUCAUAGCAAAGAUGUGAUGGGUUGCCCAUGUUCCUACAUUCACACCUACAUUAAUAAUUGACAUUUUAUUUCAAAAACAUUUGUGUAAUAAAACAAUUAAUACAAAAAAAACCUGUUUAGUUCUUGUAUAAAAUUGCACUACCUAAUGGAUGCACAUUCCAUAAUAUUGACUUAUAAGUCAUUAACUAGGAGCCAUAGGGAAAUAUACUUUUAUAUUACUAAGUAAGUCAAUAGGUAAAUAUAAUUUUUAAAAGGAUAUACUUACUAUUCUGCUUUACAUUUGUUAUCCUUAUUCAUUAUCUAUAUGUCUGUAAUGUUAAAUAUCACAAAAUAAAUAUUCUUAUAAGUGA